GGUCCUGGCCUUUUUAUGCAGAUGAAGAGAGAAAAAAGAACCUCUGUAUGGAUGAUCCCACCUUGCUGCCCCUUGUGGAUGUGGAUAAGGGAUUUGCUAUCGCCCUCUUCUUGCUUCUCUGUGUGUUUCUUGCCAUGAUGAUUGUCCGUUGUGCGCGGCUCAUAAUGGACCCCUAUAAGGACAUCCCAAACUCCAUGUGGGAAGACCAAUAAGCAGCACUGCCUGGAAGGACAGGAGACUUUUAUUGACUUGUGGAAAUGUAAAGCCUUCAAAGAAAUGGUCACUCCUUGUGCUUUAAAGUGACUGAAUUGUGGUUAAUAGGAAAAUGCCCUUUGCAAACUGCCUGAGACAGAGGAAAUAAUUGAUCAAAUUACAUAGAGCUUUAUAUAUUUUACCUUGGCUUAGAAUAUGCCAGGUUAAAUGUCAGGAGAAACCCAUGCUGUGCAUCAGGGACUGGAGAAUUCUCUGGCCAUAGUAGUUUUUACUAAUCCUUUUUUUUGGGGAGUUCAGAAUCUACGAUAUACUCAGCUUCCCGAGGCCCACAACAAAUCAAAAGAGCUGAGUGCUUUUUGUAAUAAUGCUAAUAGAGCUAGUGAGGAUCAUUGUCAUCAAACCAUCAUUAAUUUACAUAGUGACACAAUAUUUACAAUCAUUGUAGAACAAACAGGGGUCGAUAGAUUAAGAAACUAUGGUGACAGAACGAGACUCAAGGGAUUAAAGAGUUUAUAAUAUAAAGAGGAAUUUGGGAUGAUAUCUAUGCUAUGCUGACUUCUGAUAACCAAAAGGUGGGUCUUUAGGAGUGUUUGAAGGUUGGAAUGGAAGAGAAAAGUGUAAUAAGCAAUGGUAGGCAAAUCAAGAUACAGGCAGGAGCACAGAAGAAGUCUCUAAAUCCAGGAGGUUAGGAGAAAAGCAAUAUGUGGCUCAGGAUAUAAGAGAAGGCAAGUAGCCGGGUAGAUAUAGCAGAAAGAUGGUAUUGGAAUCCAGAUGUCUGUUUUCCUAGAGAAGUGAUACAGAGCAAGCAAAGAGGACCCAUGGCAGAGCCUUGAGGAACACCAAGAAAGAAUGAAGGCGAGUUAGGCCCAUAAACAGCAAUAGUAAAUGGAGGAUGGGAUGAUCUACAGGCAGCUGCAAAAUGCUAAAAAAUUGUCCCCCAAUUCAACUGAAUGGUAAUUACAUCUUUUUGACAGGCAAUAAUCUCCAAGAAAGGGCAAAUGCUGCAUUUUUGAGUAGAAACUUCUUCUUAAUAAUAUUUACCCGCAGUUUCCAGUUGG